GAUCUGCAGGCUCGAUUGUGGACAGUUACGGUGUUAAAGUUUUUAUCUUUUAUUUCUUGCAGCUUGCCAUCAGAACUACCUCCCCUGUGCAGGAAAUACAGUUUUCAGUCUUAAAUUGAAGCCUAAAAUUCCUUAUGUUUGUCUUUAUCCCUGGCAACUGAGGCUGAACAGGUUCAGUUUAUGGCCUAAGUUGGGUCCAUGCCCUAGUGAACAAGUAUUGUUAACAGAGAAUAACUAAGACAGUAUUUAUGCCAUCCCCCACUGUGUCAGGUUCUAAGUGUCCACUGGCAGCAACCUCUGAGCAAGGCUGUACUUUUGCCAUAGUACAAAGCUGCCUACUUUCUCCAUGUUCCUAAGUUAUCUGGUAAUUUAUUUUCCUAGUUAAGGAUACCAAACACAGGUUCAUGUUUGCCUGCCAAUCUCUAAAGUUGUAGAACCAUCAGUAGCCCAAGUGUAUGGGCUCUGGAGUUUUCUUAAUGCUGCUGGCCACCAAACUAAGCCCGAGGAAAACAGAGACUGAUCACAGUCGAACAACCAGCUCCGAUCACAAUGCCCAAACAGGCAGACCUCAGUAAACACUUACCUGAUUUUAACUUAAAAUACUAACACUGGUCCCAAGCCUCCUGAAUAUCUAUUGUAGAAUUUUUUAAAAUCUUAACUGCUUUUAGUGUAAAUUUUUCACUGGUAUGUAUGAGAUGGAUAUGCAGAGCUAAGGAACUUUGGAAUCACACCCAAAAAUCCCCUAACAUAGUGGUUAGAGAUUAAAAGUUAGCCUACAGGGUCACAAGUCCAAAUAGGAUCAAAGCAUUGCCUUUAGGGAUGAAUGCUCUGGCCCUCAUCCUCCCCGUAUUCCGAUUUAUUACUUAGAUUGACCCUAAGGUGACCUUACCCUGUCUUUCCCCCUUGAAUCCCUGCACAGACGUUUUUCCUUUUCCUUUAUUCUUUCUUCCUGGUUCUAUCAAUAAAAAGCCACAGAAGUUUCAGUUCACGGCUAUCUUUAUGAGACUCACACUGAGGGGUCUCAGUUAAGGGCAGUCCCUCUGGGCCUUCUUGGAAUUUGAAUUGGACAUUGAGUAAUCCCUCAUGCUUUGCACUGUGCCAUGGUCAUGAACUGAGACAAACGUGUACGAGAACUUAAACGUGGUGCAAUCAAGAUUUUAGCUUCAGGUAAACGGGGCUGAUUUUCAUUAGCAGAAAUGAAAUAAGGAAGAAUCAGAUUAGGUUUCUGUUUGCAAUAAAUUGAACCUAUUAAAUGUCAUGGCUUUUCAGUUUUUCUUACCUACAAGUUAAACAGGUUGUAUCAUUCACUAGACAGCUCUAUAUUAGUUCAAAAAGUACAAUAAAGUCCCUCCUACUGGACUUUGAUCCAGCAACUGUUAACCUCACACUGGCACUGAAUGCCAGUACAAAGAAUGCUCUCUCAUUUUAAAAAAAUGGCUUGGGAUAUCUGAUUUGUUUAAGUUUUCAAAAUGAUUAGCAAACUUUUUAUGAUCCUACUUCUGUUGUUUGUGACACUGGGAGAAGCAAGGAAACCAUUUCUUAGUUUUCUGAAUAUAGAGAAGACUGCAAUACUAUUUUUCACAAGGACUGAAGAAACCAUCAUUAUCAGGUCAAGUUACAAAGAUAAACGGCCUAACUCCAGCUACCUCUUUGUGCAAACAGAAGAUCCUAAAAUUCUGCAGGUGAUGAAUGUGACCAAAACCUCAUCAAAUGUUACAAACUUUACUAUCAAUCUAAUGACAGAUCAAGAAGGAGAGACAAAUUUGACCAUUCAACUCUGGGAUUCUGAAGGUAAGCAAGAAAGACUCAUUGAAGAAAUAAAGAAAGUUAAAGUCAAAGUUAGCAAACAAACAAAAGACAGUCUUUCCCAGGCAUUGAUGCAUAUUGACGGAAGAAUCCUAAUGCUUGUUGUAUCUAUGAUAUUAUUAAAUAAAUGUGCCUUUGGCUGCAAGAUUGAAUUUCAGGUUCUUCAAACAGUAUGGAAGAGACCUUUGCCAAUACUUCUUGGGGCAGUCACACAGUUUUUUCUGAUGCCAUUUUGUGGUUUCCUUUUGUCUCAGAUUUUGGCAUUGCCCAAAGCACAAGCUUUUGGAUUUGUCCUGACUUGCACAUGCCCAGGAGGGGGUGGAGGUUAUCUCUUUGCUCUGCUUCUAAAAGGAGAUGUUACUUUGUCCAUUUUGAUGACUUGCACAUCAACAUUAUUGGCCCUGAUAAUGAUGCCUGUCAAUUCAUAUAUAUAUAGUAGGAUGUUAGGAUUAUCAGGCAUAUUUCAUAUUCCUGUUUCUAGAAUUGUGUCAACACUCCUUUUUAUACUUAUACCAAUAUCAGUUGGGAUAGUCAUCAAACAUAGAAUACCUGAAAAAGCAAACUUGUUAGAGAGAAUAAUUAGACCUCUUAGUUUUGUUUUAAUGUUUAUUGGCAGUUAUUUGACUUUCAGAAUGGGAUCAAUGUUUCUAAAAUUAGCUAACCUGGAAGUGCUUCUUUUGGGUCUCUUAGUUCCUGCUUUGGGUUUGUUGUUUGGAUAUUCCUUUGCUAAAGUUUGUAUGCUGCCUCUACCUGUUUGUAAAACUGUUGCUAUUGAAAGUGGGAUAUUAAAUAGUUUCUUAGCCUUAGCCAUUAUUCAGCUGUCUUUUUCACAGUCCAAGGCACACCUAGCUUCUGUGGUUCCUUUUACAGUAGCCAUGUGUUCUGUAUGUGAAAUGUUACUGAUUCUUCUGAUCCAUGAGGUUAAGAAAGGAUGUGUCUUAAAUUUUUUUUCCUACUCUAAAAGUUAAAGGAUGACUCCACUACUAUUCUGAGUAAGGUAUUGUGAGAAGUUUAAAAAUUAUGUAAAAUAAUGCCUGCUUUCAAGCCACUAUUGAUCUGGUUAAAAAUUUAAUUUGAGUGGGGGUUAUGGAAAGUGUAUAUGUCAUCUACAUGCUAAGCACUUGAUGAGUGUUACAGACAGUAAAAUACACAGGAGUUCAGAGGAAAGUGACAAUUUUCCACUGUGCUAGUGUGGGAAUGUUUUAUAGAAUGAGAUAUGAAUAAGCUUUUAUCAUGAUCUCUCAAAUGAGAAAAAGCCAUAGAAAUCUCUUUUUGUAGUGAAAUUGAUAUAUCUUAAGUAUUUAAGGAAAGGAUGUCCAUGUAAUAGACAUUCAGCAAAAGCUCACUCAGUAAAUUAAUAUGUAAAUUGAAUUCUUAUUUAUCAGAAUCAACAUACCUUACACUGUAAGUAGCAUCUCUGCUUCUAUAGCUGCACAUACUCCUGUCUUACACACCUCCCACUAAAACCUUUACCUCAAAACACAGAGUCAUCAAUUCUCCCUUCCCCUCCCUCCCUCCUUCUUUCUCUUUCUGGUACUGGGGAUCAAACCCAGGGUAUUCGUGUGUGUGUGUGUGUGUGUGUGUGUGUGUGUGUGUGUGUAUCUGUAUAUAGAUUUUUUUUUUGAGACAGGGUUUUGCUAAACUGUCCAGAUGGGACUUUAACUUGUGAUCUUCUGCCUCUCCCUAAUAUUAUUUUAUACUCAACCUAAUUACUACAAAAAUUUUUCCUAUCUUUUUAUCAGAUUCUUCUCUAUUCCCAAAUGCUACUUUUUUCCACCCUAUAUUUCUUCUUCCCUAAACCUACUCUAAAUUGGCUCUUGACCUGUCUACCUGUCAGGUGAAUCUUCUCAAAUUCUAACUUUGGUCAUGUGAUUUUUCCUGCAAGGAACCUUUUGUGCCUGUCAGUAAAGUCCGCAUUCCUUAGUGAAGCACUGAUCAUACUCUGCUCUCUGACCUUAUUUGAGCUUUCCAGUUUGUCCUCCUCUCCCACUUCUUUGGACAGAAGCUGUUAAUGUAAUCAAGCAGAAUUACUUAGAAGUUUAUGAAUAUGCCUUUGUUUGUGCAAACAAUUCUUUAAACAGCUAUUUCUGUCUUGUUUUAUUUCUUCUUUUUGGUGUAAAUCUUUGGGGGUGAGAAUUCUGUUUAUUCAUUUUGAUAUUCCUUGGAAUUUCUAGCACAACAUUUUCUAUGUGCUUAUUCAAAUAAAAUGUUAGAGCAUGGAGUAGGACCCAAGUGAAGAGUAUACUUAAAAAAUAUAUCACUUGGUUGUGUAACUCAGUGGCAUAGCACUUGCCUAGCAUGCUUGAGACACAUUUUGAUAUUCCUUGAAAUUUCUAGCACAUUUUCUAUGUGCUUAUUCAAAUAAAAUGUUAGAGCAUGGAGUAGGAUCCAAAUGAAGAGUAUACAUAAAAAAAUAUAUCUCUUAGAGGCUGGGGAUUUAGCUCAGUGCAGCGUGCCUGCCUCGCAAGUGCAAGGUCCUGAGUUCAAUGCCCUGUGCCAAAAAAAAACAAAACAAUCUCUUAUGUGUGUAACUCAGUGGCAUAGCACUUGCCUAGAAUGCUUGAGACCCUGGACUCAAUCCCCAACUCCACCAAAAAACAAAAUCAUUCUUAAAUUUUCAAUAGAAAUUUUUAGUAUCAAAGGCCAAUCUAUAUUUUUUUUCCAAGUACGGGCCUCGAGAAUAGGAUUACUACUCUUAAGGACCCUAAUUUCCCUAUUUCCUAGCCUUAUGGCUACUCAUCCAAAACAAAUGGAGAUAAUGCUGUCAUCUCUAUCAACUGUCCUAGGAAUUAAGCGACAGCAUACAUGUAAGCUGCUUAGAAGAGUGGCACAGUGAGUACACAGGGUUAGCUACUAUUAUUUUAUCAGCUUAAACUUUAACCCUGGAUGUGUCUACUGCUAGCUCUAAAUAUCAACCUAUUAACUACGUAUAGAGCCUAAACUUCUAACUUUUUAAAAUCAAUGUUAUUCACUAUCUUGUCCAUAGUAUUAGAGGAAUUUUAUUUUGCCAGUUUUUUUCUUAUGUCACCAGAGUACCAAGAUUUAUCAUAGAUUUGGUGGUAUGAUGGUGAAUGAUUAUCCCAAUUUAUAAAAUAAUAAAUUACAUACAUGAAAUGUUUUACUCCUUGAAACAGAAAUUCCAUUUAGAAAUUUACUAAGUAAAUUUACACAACUUUAACUCGUAUUUUAAUGAACACAUUUUAGAAACAGAAGGCCUACUUUCCUACUUGUACUUUGUCAUAACCUUGUAAUACUUCUUUACAUGUCAAUUUUCAAAGCUAUAAAGUAUAGAUUCAGUUGAAGUUUAUGAGCUUGCUCAGCUCUGUUGUGUGAUUCUGGCAUAAAACUAGUACCUAAUUGUAUAUAGGGCAUAGCACAAUGGGCAGGACGAUGGGUUAAAGUGAAGAAAGUUCAAGACGAUAAGAGUAUACAUUGCUGCUGCUUUCUAAUUAAGGCAACAACCAAAAUCCGAGCUUGUGAGAGUAGGGACCGUGUGGUGCCUUGCUUCAUGAACUUGAUUUUUUCCACCAUUCUGGGCACAAAGCAAGUUGGAUAAGAACGGAAUUAAAUUCAAUGGUUAGGUUCAAUGUUAACCCUAUGGGGAAAUUUGAUUCAGCUCUCAUCCUGUUCAAUUUGCAACCAGAAUCGUGGAGAGAAUCAACUUUGUGAACCAAAGUACUACUGUAUUAUGCAAUGUUUGCACAGGGCAAACACUGAACAGAGUAGAACAUAGUAGAAUUAUUAGUAGCUUAUCAGUAAUGUCUAUAAAGGUCAGGAUCAUAUGUUGCAGAGCCAGACUAUAACUAGGUCUACAAUUCUAGCUUUGUCAAUUUACCAAAUGACAUUUGCUUGGUCCUUAAUCCUUCCAUGCCUAAAGUCAUGUGGGAAAUAGAGAUAAUAGUAGUACCUACCUUAUGGUAUUGUGAUGAUUAAAUAAGUUAAUAUAAGCAAGAUUCUCAGAACAAUGCCUAACAUGUAGCAACUAUUAUUACAGUUACUUUGCUUAUUUGAAUAAAAAAUACUUCAUAAAGCAGCUGAAAGUAUCGAUAAAAUUUUAUAUAUUUUUUAAUAUGUUUCAUGUAAGAUAGAUUUUUGCAUAAAAAUAUGCCUGAAAUUUUAGAUUGUAAUAAAAUUACCCAGGUUGUUUGUUAUUGUUGUUUUCAGGAAUGAGAGGCAUAAUGUUGAGCUAGUUGUUUAACUUUCUUUCCAGGCUUUUAGAGGAUGAUUUUAUGAAAUACUGUUCCAAGAAUAACAAUUCUAUGACAGAUAUUCUUAUAAAUGGAAAAGUUGUUAGCAUGCAUGUUAGAAAGUCUUAAAAAAUGUUUGCAACUCCAACUUAUGUUGUAUCAAAAUAUGAGAUCUUAGACAAUAUGGAGACUUCACCCCUGAGCAGUAGCACAUUGUGUAAAUUUGAACAUUCCAAAUUAAAGUCCACUAAAGAAUUAACUAUUAACUAAGAAAGUCUUGAUGUGAAGAACAUGAAAUUUUUUUAGUGAAGGAAAUUGCCUAAAUGGCAAAUUUAGAAUUCAAUCCUAGAAACAUGUAGAGCUGUCAAGAUGCCCACAAUUUCUGAGGAAGGAAUCUCAGCAGAUACCCUCUUUAUUUUUGCAAACACAAGGCAUUUAGGUACCUGUUGUUCAUGGGGAAGGAUGACUGAUCAGAUCAACUCCUGGCUUGCCAAUGGCCAUCCUUCCCCCAAAUUCCCUUGUGUUUGGGCACUGAAUUUCAACUCUAUGCCAUUUUGAGGUUUUGCAUAAUUAGAACCUCUCUCACAGAUGGAAGUCAGGUGGCAGGAAAGGAUGUUGCAGGCCUACAAGAGAGAACUUACCAUUAGGGAAGAAAGAAACCAUGAUGUCCUGGAUGCCAUCUCAGGUGUUAGAUUUUGUUCUGGGACAGUGUGUAGCAGAGGCUGGAAUCUGUCUCCUCCUUUACCCCUUCCAACUACCUUGGCAAGGCAGUUGUUCCUUAGGACUGAAAACACUGGCUGCAGAGGUGAUUGUAACUUGAAAAACUGCUUCUUUGGGAACUCAAAAGACAUGCAAUAUUAAUAAUUAAAUCAAAAUUCUUGGGACCAAAAGAGCAUGAAAGAAAAAGAUUUCCUGAGCCAUUCAUUAUAGCUGUUAAAAAGAAAACACUAGUGCUGGGACAUGUUCUCUAAGCUACUACCAGCAAGGUUAAAGAGCAGUUGGAAGAAUGUCCACCAGAUUUUAAAAGCUAGAGUAUUUUAUAAUGAAAAUUUGGGGGAAAGAAAGCAUAAAAGCUUACACUGAAACUGCCUUGGCAAUAGGCAAGAGGGCAAGACAAUGCAAAGCAGAAGUUUGGGGCUAGGAGGCGGAUAAUGCUUGAGAAGAUGUACUUGUUGUUCUUGGACUGUUUGGGCUGUAAGCAGAAUGUGACCGUGCCUUAACUGCAGACCUCAAGGGUUUCAGCAUUUGUUCAGGAAUAUGAAAUCGUUUUAGGGUUUCGUUUGUUUGUUUUGUUUCUAUCUCAGAGUUUUUCUUACAUCAUGUACUGUCUCUGCUAGAUAUAUGAACUCUUUUCAUAGCACUCUUUUGGACUGUGUAGAACCUGUUUGCAACGCUGUUGCAAUGGAGUCUGAACACUAGACUCCCCUGUGCACUGGCAGAUUUACCACUUCACUUUCCAAAGGCAUUUGCAAGCAGAAUGGCCUUUUUGGCCAGAAAAAAACCAAACCAAAUCAAACCAAACCACUGAGUUACAUGAAAAGAACUGUCCAGUGGUAGCUGAGGCCUCUACAAAAAAACAACUUUACAUCGGAUGUGGGAAGCUUGAAAUGGUUUUAAUUUGGAGGAAUAAGAUAUUUAUCUCUCUAAAAUUGCUUACACUGAUUUUAGCAGCUUUGCCAAAUCAGUGGGACUGUCUUCACUUAGAAAAGAUUUAAAGGUGACUGAUAUUUCUGGCAAUGUCUGGAAAUUUUCAUUUGGUUAUAUGUUGGUACUUUUGAGGAUGUAUUUGGGAAGAUUUUUCAUUUUGACAUGAUUCAUAAUGAGAAACCACAAAGUUUCUACAAUCUUUUUUUAAAAUCAAGAAACUAAGGGCCAAGGAUUUAGCUCAGUGGUGCUGGGCCUGCCUGGCAAGUACAAGUUCUUGAGUUCAAUCCCUGGGACCAAAAAAUAAAAUCAAGAAGCCAAAAGUAUCAUUUGAUAUGCAAACAGAAGUAUCCAAAUCAGAGUCUCUAUUUUUUUGUUUUUUAUUUUUUUCCCCUUUUACUGAAGAUUGAAUUUGGGAUGCUCUACUACUGCGCUACAUGCCCAUCUUUUAAAAUAUUUUUUUAUUUUGAGACAGCAUCUAAGUGCGAUCCUCCUACUUCAGCCUCCUAAGCAGCUGUGAUUACAAGUGUGUGCUACCAUGCCCAGCUCAAAUCAGAUUCUUAUGAUAUCAUGCUCCAGAGAAAUGUAGACAAGUUUCUAGCUCUUUUUUGAGUAUCCACCGUUCACAUCAUUUGUCCUAGAGAUGUGUUUCACACUGGUGACAGCCCCUUGUCUUCCGAUUAAACAAAAGGAAACUAUUACUUCAGAAGCAAGGAGCCAAAUAACCCACUUUUCUGGUCUUGUUGUGGAUAGGACAUCUUAUAUUUGUGCAACGCUUUGGACAUUAUGGUAAUAUAUAUGCCAUGGUGCCAGAUCUGUUAUUUCAUGACGAGGAAACAUUUUAAGGGCUAUCGAGUAGUCCUGUAUUUUAUCCAAUGCAGCCUCUUGCACCAUGUGCAUUCUGGGAAGGUGGACUUUGGAGACAGCAUGUCUGUUCCAUUCUGUGCUUUUGCAAAGGAUAAAUCACCUAACUUCACUGAGCUCUCAGUCUCAUACUUCUGAGGAAGCGAAUCAUAACUUCUUCAUGGAACUGUUGCAACGUUUAAAUUAAACAAUGCACAUGAAACAAUUGCCUGAAGCACCUAAGUCAGUACAAGAGAACUAACUGAAUUAUGGAGAAUAGGAGCAGUUGUCUGGUUGUCAUUUUACUAUAGGUUUACCUCGUAAGGGUUUAGCAAACCAGCGCCACAUAACUGGAGUCAUCAGUUCAAUUUAUGUUUUGUCAAGUAGUACGGAAUAAAUGAAAGAAA